ACUUCCUCUAAGUGUCGGCUCCGGGGAAAACAACAUCAGAAAACCCCCAGCCUGAAGAAAAAACACCAACAAACACCGUGUCUUUACCUAUUUAAACCAGCGUUACCGUAAUAUCUGGAGCAAGUAUCAUACUAAGUACAAAAUGCCUCAGAACGAGCACAUUGAGUUACAUCGCAAGCGGCAUGGCUACCGCUUGGACCACCAUGAAAGGAAACGGAAGAAGGAGAGCAGAGAGGCCCACGAACGGUCCCACAAAGCCAAGAAGAUGAUCGGCUUGAAGGCCAAGCUUUACCACAAACAGAGACAUGCAGAGAAGAUCCAGAUGAAAAAGACCAUCAAAAUGCAUGAGCAGAGGAAGACCAAGCAGAAGGCUGAUGAUAAGACCCCUGAAGGAGCAGUACCAGCCUACCUGUUGGACAGAGAAGGACAGUCUCGUGCUAAGGUCCUCUCCAACAUGAUCAAACAGAAAAGGAAAGAAAAGGCUGGCAAGUGGGAGGUGCCUCUGCCAAAGGUUCGCGCCCAAGGAGAAACAGAAGUGCUUAAAGUCAUCCGGACUGGAAAGAGACAAAAGAAAGCCUGGAAGAGGAUGGUCACUAAAGUUUGCUUUGUCGGUGACGGUUUCACAAGAAAACCUCCAAAGUACGAGCGUUUCAUCAGACCCAUGGGUCUGCGUUUUAAAAAGGCUCACGUCACACAUCCAGAACUGAAAGCAACGUUCUGUCUUCCCAUCCUGGGCGUUAAGAAGAACCCGUCGUCACCACUCUACACCUCUCUGGGAGUCAUCACAAAGGGAACGGUCGUAGAAGUCAAUGUCAGCGAGCUGGGCCUGGUUACACAAGGUGGAAAGGUCAUCUGGGGUAAAUAUGCCCAGGUGACAAAUAACCCAGAGAAUGAUGGCUGUAUUAAUGCAGUUCUUCUGGUAUAAGACUCUUCAUUCCUAUUAACACCAAGAGGAUUGUUGGUGUCACCGAUGCGAUGAACAGUGAAGCUACAUUAGCGGAGCUGUUGGGAAGAAGGCUGGAGCUGUGAUUGGCAACAUCUACUGCAACAAGAGACACUCUGAAAGGAAUAAAUGUUUGAUAAUAAACUUGAGAUUAAAUAAGAUAUUCUCCUGA